GCUUGAGCCUGGAGCGUAGGGUCCUCCGGGAAUUCCCUAGAGCAGGGAGCGGGACUGCCUUCUGGCCCCCAGUGUGUGUGGAGCUGACCCCUCCCGCGCAGCCCUGCCUAGGUGUGGAGAGGGGAGCCCCCGCCCUGAGGCAGGGGCUCACAAGGCUGGAGGCCUCUUGGAGGAGGCGCGGGGUGGCUGAGCGCUGCGACCAUGAAGGUCAAGGUCAUCCCUGUGCUUGAGGACAACUACAUGUACCUGGUCAUCGAGGAGCACACGCGGGAGGCUGUGGCUGUGGACGUGGCCGUGCCCAAGAGGCUGCUGGAGAUCGUGGGCCGGGAGGGGGUAUCACUGACCACUGUGCUGACCACCCACCACCACUGGGACCACUCUCGAGGCAACGCGGAGCUGGCACGGCUGCGGCCGGGCCUGGCCGUGCUAGGUGCGGACGAGCGCAUCUGCGCGCUGACCCGCAGGCUGGCGCACGGCGAGGAACUGCGGUUUGGGGCCAUCCACGUGCGCUGCCUCCUGACGCCCGGCCACACCACUGGCCACAUGAGCUACUUCUUAUGGGAAAAUGAGUGUCUGGACCCGCCCGCCGUGUUCUCGGGGGAUGCCCUGUCCGUGGCGGGAUGCGGCUCCCGCCUGGAGAGCACAGCUCAGCAGAUGUACCAGAGCCUGGCUGAGACCCUGGGCACCCUGCCCCCGGAGACUAAGGUGUUCUGUGGCCACGAACACACGCUGGCCAACCUUGAGUUUGCACAGAAAGUGGAGCCCUGCAAUGACCACGUGAGGGCCAAGCUGUCGUGGGCCAAGAAGAGGGACGAGGACGACGUGCCCACAGUGCCGUCCACGCUAGGCGAGGAGCUCCUCUACAACCCCUUUCUGAGAGUGGCAGAGGAGGCUGUGCGCGAGUUCACAGGGAAGGCGGCCCCGGCAGAGGUCCUGGAGGUGCUCUGCAGAGAACGGGCGAGCUUUGAGCGGGCGGCCGACCCGCUGCAGCCACAGGCCCGGGCUCUCCUGGCGCUGCAGUGGGGGCUCCUGAGUAUGCCCCGACAGAAGUGAGCCCCGUGUGGACCCGCCGCGGGGUCAGGUGGUGCAUCUCUCCUCCCUUGACCCUCGGGUAGACU